ACCGUGCACCCAAACGACCCGCUUCCCUGAACUCUUCGCCGCCGUCUAAAUCUGCCCAAACCAUGGCCUCCACCUCCGCCGACGCCGCCUCGGCGGUUCCGCCUUCUGUGGUAUCCGCCGCCGAGGAUACGCUCGCGGCCGCCGAGUCUGUCGGUGACCACCUAUCCCAGCUGCUCGCUGCGGCGGCGGAGGACCCCUACGCCGUCGCCGAGCUCCCGCCCCUGCUACGGGCGCGCGCCUUCCUAGCCGUGGCGCAGGCCGCCACCUCCCUCUUAGCGGUGCGUCUAAGGUGUUCGGGAAUUGACCCCGACGAGCAUCCCAUCAGAAAGGAGUUUGAGAGGUUAAGCCUGUGGCAAGAGAAGUUAGAUCGAUUUGAGGAUUGGGACAAGGCACCACUUCACCCUACUACUACACUGAAUGCACAAGCAGCAGCAAGGUUCAUUGGACACUCACUUUCCCACCUGACAUCUGAUCAGAAGAGAAGCAUGCAGGCAAUCAGUAGAGGAGAAAGAAGGGGCUGGUCUGGGCAGAAGAGAAAGCCUGAGCCUUUGCCUGAAAAGAAGUCUGUUCGUGCUGCUGCGGAAGAGUUCCUUGCAAAGGCUGCUCAGGAACUUAUUGGGAAUAGUGAUAGCAGGGUGAAGGGUCCUGUUAGACUCAUUCCUGAUGAAGAUGAGGACUAGAUCAGUAUGAAAAAUGGAUAUUAACCAGGUGACAUGCACAUGCCUGAUUCAUCAGCUAUGCAAAGCAAGGUAGAAGUUCUGGAUGAUGAAGAUAACCCUAGAGUGCUGUGUUGUUGUAUAUGGAACAGGCAAUGGAGCAAAUGCUUGCUUGCUUCCUCUGUUUUGGGAGCUAUUAACCUCAAAUCUUGUAUCUGAGUUCCUGUCUGGAAAGAAAAUUUUGAUUAUCUAUUUGGUAGAGGAGUUGGAGUAAUUAUAUGGUUUGUGCGCUGCAGCACCCCUAAUAUUGAGUGUUGUCAUAUAUUUGAAUGUCAAUUACAAUCUGUGGAAGAUUUGUGACCUCCAGCAAUUUUGGGGUACUCAACCUGUGUAAGACAUAAUCAAUGUAUUCAUGCUGAUGGAUGAACAUCUUUUGCA